AAACGAAGCGUCGAUUUCCCUACGCUUUGACUGGGGAAACACUUUCCGUCAAACAACAAUUUUUUCUCCCCCUUUCACCUGCAUAACAAUCCGCGACAGACAUCAUGGUGAAGAAAGGAAAGCUCAAGGCGGCUCUCGAAGCCCAUAAGGGCGUCAACUGGAAACUCGAGCACGAGAAGAGAGUGCGAAAAGAGGCCGAAAAGAAGAAUCGCACAAAGCAGGAAGCUGCUGCAGAGAAGGCAAACGAAGAACAGGGCAGCGAGAGCGAAGAAGAAGAGCAGGAUGGAAAACUGCAAAUGAAGGAGGUCGGCGAAAGCGAGGACUCCAGCGCCGAAGAGGAUGGCGAACAAUGGGAGACCGAUGAGGAUGAAGAGGAAGAAGACGAGGAACCUCAACUGAUUGACAUGGCAAACAUUGAUGACAGCGAAAGCGAGAGCGAGAGCGACAUCAAUGGUCCCGAGGACGAUGAAGACGAGGACGAAGACGAAGAAGAGGAAGAGGAAGAAGAAGACAUUGCUCUCUCCGACAUUGAAGAUCUGCCCGAAGAAGAAAAAGACGACCUUGUUCCGCACCAGCGAUUAACAAUCAACAAUGGUCCUGCGCUGCAAAAGGCAUACAAAUCAAUUGCCCUCCCGCUUUCCUCGCUCCCCUUUUCCGCCCACCAAUCCAUUACUUCGUCCGAACCUACCAAGAUCGAAUCCAUCGACGACGACCUCACUCGCGAACUGGCAUUCUACAAGCAGUCUCUUGGCGCUGUGAUUGCUGCCCGCGAGAAGUUGCGCAAGGAAGGCGUCCCCUUCACCCGGCCGACGGAUUACUUUGCCGAAAUGGUCAAGAGCGACGAGCACAUGGGCAAGAUCAAGGGCAAGCUGGUUGAGGAGGCGUCCCGCAAGAAGGCCUCCGCUGAGGCCCGCCGACAGCGCGACCUCAAGAAGUUUGGCAAGCAGGUGCAAGUUGCCAAGUUGCAGGAGCGUGACAGGGCCAAGCGCGAUACGCUUGACAAGAUUAAGCUCUUGAAGCGGAAGCGCCAAUCCGGUGACAUUGAGGACGCCAAUGAAAAUGACCUUUUCGAUGUGGCUCUCGACGAUGCUGCCGCUGACGCCAAGAAGCAGCAGCAGCAGCGAUCAGGCGCCAACCCGAAGCGCCAGAAGCGCGAUGCUAAAUUCGGCUUUGGCGGCAAGAAGCGUCACGCCAAGAGCGGUGAUGCCUUUUCCAGCUCCGACAUGACCGGCUUCUCAGCCAAGGCUAUGAAGGCCAAGGGAAGUAAACCUGGCAAGGGCGGAGCGGCCAAGCGGCCUGGCAAGAGCCGAAGAGCCAAGAAGGCUUGAAGGAGCCUACGCGAUUUAGUCGAGAUGAUUGACCUCUAUUGGUUUCUCCAUGAUUUCGUCUGUUUGGUGUAUUCAUUUCUUCAUACGCUUAUAUUCUAUGUUCGUGGUUUCUCGUUAGUUCUACAGACAACCGGCGGGGGUAAAAAGUGUUUGUGUCAUUGGCUUUGCUUGCAAUCUUCAUCAUUGGCGUUUUGAUGCCCGCUGUUGCGUGUAUUGUAUUUCUUCUAGAUUUAGGCAUUAAAAAUGCACUCAAAGGGCAUUUAAGAGAUUUUGAAAAGGAUCACUUUUGUCAAUGGC